AUGGCAAACCAGAGAGCGACAUGGACAUGGGAUGAAGAGAGGAUGUUUCAAAUUGCUCUAUCAACUUAUGUAGAAGGAACACGUAAUCGAUGGAAAAAGAUUGCAGAGUUAAUUCCUGUAAAAUCAGCCAAGGAUGUGGAGGAAUAUUAUCCUAUUUUGAAGGCCAAUAUAGAAGCCAUGGAAAGUAGCUUUACUCAGUUGCAAACCAACACAAAUAAUGCACCUCCAUCUUCGCAGCGUAGAGGAGAGAAUGAAGAAGUGGGCUCAGUUUGGGAUUUGGAUGAAUUGAGGGCGACAUGGACAUGGGAUGAAGAGAGGAUGUUUCAAAUUGCUCUAUCAACCUAUGUAGAAGGAACACCUAAUAGAUGGAAAGAGAUUGCAAAGUUAAUUCUUGAAAAAUCAGCCAAGGAUGUGAAGGAACAUUAUCCUAUUUUGAAGGCCAAUAUAGAAGCCAUGGAAAGUAGCUUUACUCAAUUGCAAACCAACACAAAUAACAAUGCUUCGUCUUCGCAGCGUAGAGAAGAGAAUGAAGAAGUGGGCUCCGUUUGGGAUUUGGAUGAAUUGGUUUCAUGCUCCCAAGUUUAUCAUGUUUUGCAUACAAUAUUAUAG